UUUGUUUUGUAACGAGACAUCGUAACUAUCGGAAGAGUUCUUUUUUCCUCUUCCACCAAAUCCCUAACUCUUCUUUUUCAAUUCUUCUACUUUGAUUGAUUCCUCCUUGGAGAAAUUUAGGGAGAAUGAUGAACUAGUGAUUAAAGGUUCUCAUUUGUGGAAAACAGAGACCACCACCAUUAAUUUACGGGUGCAUCAUCUCUACCAGAUUCUAGAUGAAUGUUACUAUUAAUUGUUUUUGCCAUAUGUAUAAACCGUAUACAUACGUAGGGUAAGGGUCCCAUCAACCCUAGCAGCAAAACAAUUUCAUCCAAUCUCUCGCCUCAUCUUGAUCUUCAAGAUAUCUGCUUUGUUUUUUUCUGCGAGAUUCUUGCUUGAUUCGAUCAACGUGUCUGAGCUUUGAUUCAAGCUGUGGGUUUUCGAGAUUACACGCUUUAAAGAUCAUCCGCAUCCUUUAUCUCGCUAGCUAAUUCCGAGUCAUUCAUUAUCCAUGGUCAAUCCUCCUCCUCCUCCGAGAAUCCUCGGAGAAUCCUCCUCCUUCACCGCAAUUCAUACCUAUCGGUUACACUCCAAGGGUUUGGUGAGUCAAGAGCUUAUUAAGGAUGAUACAAUGCUGGUCUUUGGUUUAGGUUUGUCCCUCUGUAACUCUAACGAUGACACGAAACUGGAGAUUAAUAAAGCUCAGACUCUGAGAACCCAAAAGCCGGCACCCCCAGAAGCUGCGGAACUGGCUGCCCUCAUUCACGGCUUGAAUUGGGCCUUGCAUCUCAGUGUGGAAAGUAUCCAAUUCUUCUGUGACCACUCCAAUACCUUGGCCUACGUUACUCGUAAAGCUACACCGAACGAUUCCGCUGUAUCAGAACUUUUGGAGCGAGUGUUUCAUCUUCAGACAAGUUUCAAGUCUUGUCAGGCAGUACUUGCUCUAAGCAGAGACAUCAAUUCUGUCUUUAAGCUAGCAAAAGAUGCUAUAGCUUCCCAAACUAGAUGGUGUGAGGGCGACACCGAGUAUGAGACUUGUCCGGUCUGCUACUCUUACGUUUCACCUAAUGAUAAGUUUGAGGUGCGCGGCUGCUUCCACCGCAUCUGCGUUACGUGCAUGAGGAUGCCUUUCUCAUCCGAACAACUUGUACGAGGGAACAACACAGCUAUCUGCCCUUACCCGGAUUGCGAGAAUGAUCUUGUGCCAGAGGAUUGUAGAGGUUUUGCUGAUGCUGAUGCUAUUACUCUUGCGAUCCAGCGCAAGAAGGAGAAGGCCAUCCCCGUUAAACACAGAGUCUACUGUCCCAACCCUUCUUGUUCCUUUCUGAUGUCGGACCUCGACCUCAUUAAGCAUGUACGCAAUAAUAAUCCUCGGCAGUCAGAAGCACGCAAGUGCAUAGAGUGCGGCUUGUCUUUCUGCAAAAAAUGCCAUGUUCCAUGGCACAACAACAAGACCUGCGAUGAGUUCAAGAAGUCGGAGUCUUACCUGAAAUCUGACGCGGCGCUUUUUGAGUCUUUUGUGAAGACAGAGGGAUUGAAAAAGUGUCCCCAGUGUCGGAACGCCAUUGAACAUGGUGGCGGGUGCAAACAAAUGACUUGCAGUCACUGCUCACACGAGUUCUGUUACACAUGUGGGGCUGCGUGUAAAAAGAGGAAGAAACUGACAUGUGGAUGCUCGCGCUCAGGGAAAUAAACAUCCAAGGAAUGCAUCUCCUGGAUGUCAGACUCACUCGGAGGAAGCUCAUCAGUCUAGCCCUAAGUACUCUGGAAAAUACUCUUGUUUGGAUUCUCAAGUUAUUGUGUUUUAUUUAAUGGAUAUAUUAAUAAGUUUAUGUAAUGAAGCUCAAAAGUUUGAAGUGAAUUACUUUUAUGCUUUGC